AUGUCGUGUGAUGUCGGGGACAAGAAAGGGGAAAAUCGUCGCCUUAGUUCAAAGUCGAGGAAAUUAAAUGUCCCGAAAAAGAAAAAAUCUUUCCUAAUUUUGUCCGCGGCAGUGCUGUUAACUGUGAAGUUACUAAAUUUAGAAAAGAAUUAUUCCCGACACGACAGCAAUUUUUCACUUUAUGGCAUCGCGUUAAUCUUUUGGAAAACUAUAUAUUCUCCCUUCCUCCCCCUAGAAAAAAAUUCUCAUUAUCAAAUAAUAAAUUCAAAAAUGCAAUUCAAAUCUGUCUUAGUCGCUUUAACUGCUAUCACCGCUGUCUCAGCUGCCAAUGCCUCAAACGGUACCAACGGUUCAAAUGGUUCCGGUGAUGAUGACUCUGGUGCUGCUUUAGUCUCAACCGGUUUAUUAGGUGCUGGUAUUGCUGGUGCUGUUGCUUUAUUAUUAUAA